AUCAGCUUCAGCUCUAGCUGGGAGCUUAAAUGCCUACUGUGGAAGGCUACUGGAAAACUCAAUGGGAAACAUCUGUAGUGGCACGACACAGUGGCUGUCGCUAGCACAGUUACGCGCAGCAUAGCGCUAACAGGAAUGCCUAACCUGGGACAACUCGGAGCCGCACCAAGCACCCGACGCCGCGGGGCGGGGCCGAGGGGUCAAGCCCCGCCUUCCCUCAAAGCGCGACGUGGCCGACGCCGCCUGCCCGCCCCCCUGCCGCGUGUUCCCCGCCGCCCAGGCUCGCAGCCUGACCUCGAUCCCCGCCGCACUUCGUGGUCUCCACCUCUUCCUCGUGCCUUUAGAGAAGCUCGUGCCCCGCCGUCCGCCCUGCAGCUCCUGGAGCCUCACUUCACCGUGCCCCCACCUCCGCGCCGAGAAGCAGCCAGACACGUGCGCGUUCCUGGGUUUGCGUGCUCGCUCCCGAGCAGCGCAAGCGCGAGAUCGCCCCUUCCCUGCCGCGUACCACGCGCCGGUCGUCUCCACCCUUUUCCCUCCGGUGCCCUUUGGGCCCUGCCGUGUGCGGCUCGCUUGCCACAAUCCCCUCGGUCCCGCCGGGUCCUCGCCUUGUGCCGCUCCCGACCUAUGGCAGAGGCCUGGGAGGAUGCGGCAAAGGAAAUUGAAGCCAAGGGACUCUGGCCGUUUCUGGAAUCUGGGUCUUGAAGUGCUGCUCAUGGAUUAACCAGACUGAAUGGUGUAAGGGUGAACAGGGUGCGUUUCAUUGAGAUGCUUCUGGGCCGUCGAAAUUAUCUCCUUUGGAAAGAACCAUCCCCUCUUUGGGCUUCAGAGACCCAAAUUGAGGCGCAAUGAUGAGACGAUGUGGUGGCCCACUCUGAUGUCAAUCUUGAGGGCUAGGCAUUUUUAAUGACUCCAUAGUGUUGAAAAGAAUUGCAACAGGCAGCACUCUCUAAAUUGGGUGUGUUUUCCACUGGAAAUCACUGAGCUUUCUAAGGUAAGCCGUAAAGUACCUUUGCACAACAUUUUUAUUUGUCUAAGCACAGGGGAGAGACAUUUUGGCAGAACCAACAGUUGGUGUGCCAACAUCACAUUAGGGAAGUCCGUCUGACCUCCUCUCUACCCUGUAUCACUGCUCACCCUUCCAGUUCCCUCCUUCCUAACUAGAAAGGAAUCUGAUUCCUAUAUCGAUACUUUCAAUGAAAUCCUGUCAGUCUAACCUGUUCAUUCUUCAUGGUGGAUUAAUUUUAAGACUUUUAUCUCUAACUGUAGAUAAUAAUGCAGGUGUCUCUUGGUAUCCAUGGGGGAUUGGUUCCAGAACACCCCUUGGUUACCAAAAUUCAAAGAGGCUCAAGUCACUUGUACAAAAUGGUGUACUAUUUGCAUAUAGCUUAUGCAAAUAACUCCCUUGUACUUCAGGUCAUUUCUGGAUUACUUGUAAUACCUAAUACAAUGCAGUAUCAUGUAAAUAGUUGUUUAUACUGUAUUGCUAAUGGAAUAAUGACAAGAAAAAGAGUCUGUACAUGUUCACUACAGAUGUAACCAUUGCAGGCCUAACUACAUUGUACACGUCAACAACAAUGUAGUAUUUUUUUUAAAAAUAUUU